AAGGAGUCGACUCAUCUGAAGCUUGUGAUGUAAACCAGUAUGAAUCGCGCUGACAUGAAGUCGACUCGUUUCGAGUGAAAUUGUGCGCUGCUUUCUUAAAAAAAAAAAAAAUUCUACGCGGUUUUAAUUCGCUCAUACGCACUUUCCGCUGACGUUUCUCUCAGCCACACACACACACAGAGUGCUGGCGUGACCAGAAAAAGAGCUGCUCGGUAACAGUGAAGCAGGAGACGAAAACAGUCUAAACAAGGCCGUGGCCGCGGUUCUGAGAGAGAGACUGAGAGACCGAGCAAGAGAGACACUGGGCUCCAACCAUGCCACUGUUUGGUAAAUCUCACAAGGGUCCCACGGACAUUGUGAAGGCUCUGAAGGACAACCUGUCCAUCCUGGUGAAGCAGGACAAGAAGACAGAGAAGGCCUCAGAGGAGGUGUCUAAAUGUUUGGUGGCGAUGAAGGAGAUCCUGUACGGCACCAACGACAAGGAGCCACACACGGAGACGGUGGCCCAGCUGGCCCAAGAGCUGUACAACAGCGGCCUGCUCAUUUCCCUGGUGGAGAACCUGCAGGUCAUCGACUUUGAGGGGAAGAAGGACGUGUGUCAGAUCUUCAACAACAUCCUACGCAGGCAGAUCGGCACCCGCAGUCCCACAGUGGAAUAUUUCUGUUCCCAUCAGGAAGUGCUCUUCAUCCUGCUCAAAGGGUAUGAGACUCCUCAGGUGGCGCUGAACUGCGGCAUCAUGUUGCGCGAGUGCAUCCGGCAUGAACCGCUCGCCAAAAUCAUCCUGCACUCAGAGCAUUUCAACGAUUUCUUCAGCUAUGUGGAAAUGUCCACGUUUGACAUUGCCUCUGAUGCAUUCGCCACCUUCAAGGACCUUCUUACAAGACACAAGGUUCUAGUGGCGGAAUUUUUAGAACAAAACUAUGAUGCGGUCUUUGAGAACUAUGAGAAACUGCUGCACUCUGAAAACUACGUGACAAAGAGGCAGUCACUGAAGCUGUUGGGUGAGCUGCUGCUGGACAGACACAACUUCACUGUGAUGACGAGGUACAUCAGCAAGCCAGAGAACCUCAAACUCAUGAUGAACCUGUUGAGAGACAAAAGUCCCAAUAUUCAGUUUGAGGCGUUCCACGUCUUCAAGGUGUUUGUGGCUAACCCUAACAAAACGCAGCCCAUCAUAGACAUCCUUCUGAAGAACCAGACGAAGCUCAUCGACUUCCUUAGCAACUUCCAGAAGGAUCGUACGGACGACGAGCAGUUUAACGAUGAAAAGACGUACCUCAUUAAACAGAUACGAGACUUAAAGAAACCCGCCUCCUAAACCUUAGCUAGCAAUCGCGUUAUUAAUCACCUCUUCUUUUUACUGAGGAAAAAUAAACAAAAAAAAUCACAAAAAUCUAUUAACAAUAAUAAUUCUAUUUAAGAUCUUAAACAUUUGUCUUUUCUUAGUCAUGAGGCUCGCAUAUGAUAGUUUUCAAUCACUGAUGUUCAGGUUUUUUUUUGUUUUGUUUUUUACUUUCAUUCAUAAGACAUAUAUAUUUUGUUAGUUUUAUCAUUGAGUUGUGUGCCACAAUAGGAUGUUAAAAAAAAAAAAAAGAAAAAGGAAAAAAAAAAAAGUUUCAGGAAGAACCAAAGCUGGUAGUAGCCUCUAGAGAUGUGGGGGAGUCACGAGGACCUAAGUGAAUGAUUGACACUUUUUUGGUUUUUCCUUUCCGAUGAGCUCGUAUUUUCACACGCGCAGAUCCGAGUGCAGUUCUCUCUCUCUCUCUCUCUCUCUCUCUCACACACACACACACACACACACACACACCGGCAGUUUGGCCUCGCUCUUGUACAGUUUGUAGCUGUAGUAGUGGAGUUGUAGGAAGGGAGGAUGCAUUCCCCAGUUAUUUAUAAAAAUGAUUUUCGCACGUUAGUAACGUCAUUCUUGCAUUCCUUUCUGAUGUUCUCUCCCCCACCCCCACUCUCACGCCUCCUGUCACUGAUGGUAUACGCUGAAUUUUCUUACUUUUCACACAUGGCUUACUGCUGACGCUGGAUGCUGGAGGUUUAUUUCAGUAUUUUACUCGUUGGGUUUCAGUCAUGGAUCAGGAGCGCAGUUUAUCAUCCUCCAUGCUUUAAAAACUGAGUUCUCAGAGUUAUGUUUGCAAAACAGGGCUGUGUAACUUUUUUUUUUUUUUUCCCCAAAUUCCUACUUGACAGCAUGUUUACCUAUCAUGUGUUUAAAGCUGGUUUUAGUCUCCUAGUGGGUGCCCUUUUUAUCAAAUGUAAUAAACAUCUAUUGGCACUUUUGUGUAAUGUUUUGCAGUGAGGCUGGAUUUCAGAGUAAUGGUUCUUGAUUUGUACUAUAGUACUAAAGCUAGAGAGUAAUGUGCUAGUACUGUAGCGUAUCCAGUGCUCUAAUAUUCCUAUAGGACCUGCUAUAGGAGUCGUGUAGUCUAAUCUCAUUAAUACUCUUCCUUGUACACAUUUAUUUUGCUGCAGUUCGGCGGAUCUGUGCUGUACCCCUGCAGUACUUCAGUGUAUUUCUGUUCAUUAGCUGGUAUAUUAGCUUUUCAUAGUGAUUUUUGGCAUUUAACUCAAACCUAAACAGGACAGUCGAGGACACGAACGUUGAAAACAGGUGCCUUUUGUUGUGUUUUAAAUGUAUUCCUUUGUGUGUGUGUGGUUUUUUUUUUUUUUUUAAACAGAUCUUUCUAGGGGGAGCUUAAUUUAAUUUUGUUAAUUUUAAAUAUGUUCUAGUAGAGCAUAUUUUGAAUUGAUUAAGCAGUGAACCUCUUAACUCGCUAUAUUUGAGUUACGCUGAAAACUUCACUCUUUCAUCCUUUGCUUUCAUUCACUGCACUUGGUUGGUUGAUUGUAUGAUUGUAUCGUUAGAAUAUUUGGAUUAAGUGGAAAUUGUAUGCUGAGGUGGUCUUGACCCAUGUCAUCACUUCUUUUUUUUUUUUUGCCAAUUAUGUGAAAUUUAUCAAUUAUACAUACUGAUUUUUCAUACUUUCCUGUUUUUGUUAAUAUUUGUAUUUCAUCAUCAGCCUAAGAAACCAAAACUGGAUCAAAAUUCAGUGUCCAAAGUGCAUCACACCCUAUUGGCAGUCCUUCUGCUCCUCCCAGUUUGAUUUAGCAUUCAGAGCUCCGAUGGGCUGCAGGCUGCUCAGUAUUGUGUAAUGUAAACUCGAUCAUGGAACGUUAAACCCUUCAGCAGGGAAACCAUUCAACUGUUAUGCACCAGAGCCGGAUUUAUUCAAUAUCCUCACAUCCUUACGUACACAAGUUACAAUUAAUGGAAAUCAACAUUGAGAUUUCGAGUCCGAAAUCUUUCCUAAUGCCACCCAUGUUGCAUUGCAUCCUUCCUUCUUCAAUGCUAAUUGUACCAUAUCACCAAUAAAGCAAAAUUCGAGCAUU